CACUUGCGAAACGAAAACGUCGUGACAUCUUGCAGCAACGACUGAUAACCGUAACGUAACAAUACCAAAGUACCAAACACUCGUCAAAAAUGGCGACCAGAAGAGUCAGUGGAUUGUACGCUCCUCUUGGCAAGUUUUACCGAGGAAAUGUAUCCUCGGUAAACGCGACGCAACGUGCAUAUUCCAUCGCGAAAGACGGUGACAAUCAGAUUACCCACACCGGUCAGGUGUUCGAGAAAGAUGACUAUCGAUUAGUACGGUUUACAAACAGGCCCAAGGAGGUGAAUAAAAACUGGGCGAUUAAUUUGAUAGAUGAAGUGCCGCCGUCUUCUCAGAAGGAGAGAAUCGUAGCCUGCGACGGUGGUGGAGGCCCACUUGGACAUCCUAAGGUUUACAUAAACUUGGAUAAACCAGGCAAUCAUACUUGUGGUUAUUGUGGUUUGCGUUUCUACAAGGAGGAUCAUCAUUAGGUGAUGAUUGUAUAUAUGAGUAGUUACUUUAAUUAUUAAUUUAUAAGUAUACUUUAGAACGCAAUCCUAAUAAAUGUAUAAAAUGUAUAAAAUAAAAAGUUACAUGC